GGGCGAGCCGAAGCUGUGGUACGGCGUGCCGGGGCAUGCAGCAGAGGCCUUCGAGCAGGUCAUGCGGGCGGCUUUCCCGGACCUGUUUGAGGCGCAGCCGGACCUGCUCUUCCAGCUGGUAACCAUGUUACACCCCAUGGCGCUGCAGCGAGCGGGUGUGCCCAUCUUCCGCACCGUGCAGGCCGCGCGCGAGUUUGUCGUCACCUUCCCGCGCUCCUACCAUGCUGGCUUCAACCAAGGGGUGAACUGUGCAGAGGCGGUCAACUUUGCGCCGUGCGACUGGCUGCCGUGGGGGGCGCUCAGUGUGGAGCGCUACCGGCUGUUCCGCCGCAAGUCCAUCCUCUCACAUGAGGAGAUGCUGUGUGUGCUGCUGCUGGUGAGGCGAGAUGCUGUGAGUGCUGCUCAUGACGAGAUGCUGUGUGUGCUGCUCAUGGUGAGACGAGAUGCUGUGAGUGCUGCUCAUGACGAGAUGCUGUGUGUGCUGCUCAUGGUGAGACGAGAUGCUGUGAGUGCUGCUCAUGACGAGAUGCUGUGUGUGCUGCUCAUGGUGAGACGAGAUGCUGUGAGUGCUGCUCAUGACGAGAUGCUGUGUGUGCUGCUCAUGGUGAGACGAGAUGCUGUGAGUGCUGCUCAUGGUGAGACGAGAUGCUGUAACCAGCAGCGGGGGCUGCUGGUGGGGGAGAGGCAGGUGGCGGGGGCGGAGGUGCGGAGGGUGGUGGAGGGGGAGAGGCGGGCGAGGGACGUGGUGUGGGCGCAGGGCACAGUGAGGAGCGCACGCAUGGCGCCCCAUGCGCGCCCCCAUGCCAUCACCGACGAGGAGCAGGACAGGGAGUGCCUCAUCUGCCGCUACUACCUCUUCCUCUCAGCUGUCGUCUGCCCCUGCCGCCCUCACGAUGCCGUGUGCCUGCACGUGAGUGCUGCUGCUGUGUUACCCGUGCUGUCUUUUAUGCAAGCAUCGUCCUUCAUUUCCCACUGUGCACAUGCCCUUCACUUCUCACUUGCCUCAACUCCUCUUCUCCUCAUCCCCCCAUUUCGCUGUCCCACUCUCACCCUCUCCCUAUCCCCCCUAUCCCCCUGUCCCCCUCACCCCUCCUCCCCCCCAUGGCAGCACGCCUGUCAGCUGUGUGACUGCCCGCCUGCGCGCCGCACGCUGCUGUACCGCCUCUCCCUCGCGGAGCUCGAAGACCUGCUGCUUGCUGCAGGGGAUGGCCGCCGUGAGGGGCGAGGCGAGGGGCGGGCAGAGGGUGGCAACGGGGGGAGCGAGAGUAGUGGAGAGGGGCAGAGCGAGGGGCGGGAGGGGAGUGGAGGGGAGGGGGGUGUGGGUGAUGGACGGGGGAAAGCAGCAGUGGAGGAGGUGGUGGUGAAGGCCGAGUGCAGCAGGGCAGCAGCGGGAGGCAGCAGCAGCAGCAGUGGCAAGCAAGCAGGGGAACAUGCGAGCGGGCAUGUAGGCGGGCACACGGGCGGGCAUGCGAGCAGCAGCGCCCCGCGUGCGCCCAUCACGUACUCUCGCCGCGCCAGCGCUGCUGCUGUGGGCAGCCCGCCCGUGUGCGGGCUGACCAGCAUUGGCGUGAAGGUGCUCGCCGGGGGGUACGGGGGGGGGAGGGAUGUGAAGAAGGAAGCGAAAGGCGUUGGAGGGGGAGCAGGGGGUGGCGUUGGGGGUGAGGGUGAGGAUUCCGUGCAAAGCAAGGGCAGUGGUGGUGAUGGUGAGGCGAAUGGCGAUGGUGGUGUUGCUGGUAGUGGUGCUGCAGCGUGCGGCAGUGACACUCGUGCUGACCUUGCUGCCGCCAUGCCAUGCCGUGACAACCGGGCAUCUGCUGGCGUGGACCAAUCAGCACAGCCUUCUUCCGGUGAGGCGGGCAUGCGUGAGGGGCAGGUGGAGGGGCGCAUGGAAGGGAGCGUGGAGGGGGGUGUCAAGAGACGCGUUGGUGUGAUUGUGAAGCAAGAAGGGAUGGAGGGUGAUGGGAGCAGUAGUGAUGGUUUGGUGGAGGCAGCAAGCAAGGGGGGCGUGGAGGAGGCGGUGAGCAAGGGGGGCGUGGAGGAGGCGGUGAGCAAGGGGGGCGUGGAGGAGGCGGUGAGCAAGGAACCGGGAGGAGAAGACGGGGAGAGGGAAGGAAAAGGAGUCGAGGGAGACGGAGAAGGACAAGGGGAAACAGGGCAGUGCGAGGGAGAGAGCAGUGGUGUGCGACGAAGCAGCCGCCGAGCCGCCGCUGCUGCCGCCGCUGCUGCUGCAGCAGUAGCAGGUGCAGAAGAAGGUGAGGAGAGCGUGAAGGAGGAGCAGAGCAGCCAUGCUGCUGGCAGUGGGAGAGUGGCAGGGGGCGAGAAGAGGCAGGCAGGGAAAGGAACAGCUGAGGGGCACAGGAGUGCGGAGGUGGAGAUGGUAGAGUGGAUGCGGGGCAGGGCUGUAGGGGGGAGCAGGGGUGGGGGCCAGAUGGUGCAGGCGGAGGAGUUUUUGGACAAGUGUCGGGCGGGCAGUGGAGGAGGGUGGGUGGCGCAGCAGCGGCGGGUGCGGGGGCGCAUGAUGACGCAUAGCGAGUGGGCGGCGCAGUGGGCGUCACGAGGCAAGGUGGCGCUGCGGUCGCCGCCCACAGUGGAGGCAGCGGUGGCGCUGGUGCAGCAGGCGCAGGAGUUCCUGUGGGCGGGCCACGAGGUCGAUGCCGCGAGGCGAGUGCACGACAAGGCACUGGCAGCGCUCACAUGGGCGCACGAGGUGGCCGCCUGCUGCGGCCAAACGCUGCCCGCUGCUGCUGCCGCGCCACCUCUCGUCGCCUGCUCCUCCAACCACCCGCUGCUGUCACUGCCGCCCUCCUCUUCACCCGCUGCUGCCGGGCCAAGCCACGCAGCACGAGGGGCGGGCAGCAGCGGCAGCGGAGGGGGCGGGAGGAGGAGGGGGUUGUGUGAGGUGCAGAGGCUGCUGGAGGCGGCCGCCUCGGACGUGCCGUGCAUUGAGCCGCACUAUAAGACGCUCAAGGUGUGUGCAUGGAUGCUCAGCGGUGCAGUUGCUGAGGGGCGUGGCCCUGUGCUGUACCGUGACGCCCUCGCCCUGGACCAGCGCAUUCGCCUCGCGCUGCACGCCAAGCCGCCUCGUGAGGCGAGGGAGCUGCAGUCAUUGCAAGAAGAGGCGGCAGCAGGCACGGUGGACAUCCCUGCUGCCGCUAAGCUCAAAGACGCUCUCCUCGCCGCCCAGCACUGGGUGGAGGCGGUGCAGAGGGCGGUGCCGCGGGGGAAGCCGCCUCGAGCAGCCGCACUCGCCGCUCUGCCCGACCUGCACUCCCUCGCCAUGCUGCACUCGCAGGGCGAGCGCCUGCGAGUGCUCGUGGCGGAGCACGAGGUGGUGGCGGCGCUGCUGCUGGCCGCCAGGCACAUGGACGCGCGCGCUCAUGCGCUGCUGCUCUCCUCGCCCACCCUUCAGGAGGUGUGGGGGUUGGCAGAGGGGCUGCCAGCAAGUGACUUGACUGCUAAGUUUAUUCAAAUGUCCCUGUAUCUGUUCUCACUCCGUUCCCUCCCCUGCGUCUCCCAUCCCCCUCUCCCCCCCUCCUUCCCACCUCGGGACAUGGAAGCGCUGUUGCAGGAGGCAAGGGGGGUGGCGGUGCGGACGCCAGACAUGGAAGCGCUGUUACAGGAGGCGAGGGGCGUGGCGGUGCGGCUGCCAGCGGUGGCGCAGCUGCAGGCCCGGCGGGACGAGGCACGGCGCUGGGGAGAGAGGGCACGCGCGCUGCUGGCGGCACUGGGGGGCAAGGAUGGGGGGAGGGGCAAGCAGGCACACAAGCAGGGGAAAAAAGGAGGGCAGGGGCAAGAGGAGGGGCAGGGGCAUGCAGGAGCAGCUAGUGUGGCAAGCAGCAAGUGUGGCCCGGGCAGCCCUCCCCCCUUCAGCCUCUCUCCCCCUUCUGCUCCCCCCACCACACCUGCUCCUGCCACCCCGCUGCCUGUCACUCGCACCACGGCUGCUGCUGCUGCCUCUCCAGCAACCCCUCCUCCCACCGCUGCUGCCCGCACUCCCUCUUCCCACCACCCUGCAUCCAUCCCCACUCCGUCUGCCACAGCCCCUGCUGCGCUCACAGCUUCUGCCACUGCCGCCACCCCUCUUGCUGCCCCUUGCCCUGCCGCUGUCCAACCUACUCCGCUUCACCCGUCGCCUUCCACCGCUGUCCCACUUGCCGCUGUCACACCCGCCACUGUCACACCCGCCACUGUUACACCCGCCACUGUCACACCCGCCACUGUCACACCCGCCACUGUCACACCCGCCACUGUCACACCCGCCACUGUCACACCCGCCACUGUCACACCCGCGUCAGGCAGGCAGAGGGGGUGGAAGGAGGAGCUGGAAGCACUGGUGGAGGCCGGCAUGCUCAUGCACGUCACUCGUGAGUGGGGUGGAUGGUGGAAGGUGGGCGAGAUGGAGGCGGUGCAGCAGCAGCUGCAGCGAGUGCAGUGGGAGGAGGCUGCGGAGGGGGCGCUCAUGCGCCGCGCCUCACUGGACGAGCUGCUGGCACUGCAAGCUCAGGGCGAGAGGCUGCCCACGGGCAGUGCAGUGGUGGCGCGCGUGCAAGUGGUGGUGGCGGCAGGCAGCGACUGGCAGGCCAGGGCGCAGAGGGCGCUGCAGGAGGGGUGCAGCCUGGAGGAGGGCGAGGCGAUGAGCAGGGAGGCGGAGACCAUCCCAGCAUCGCUGGCAGGCCAUGCACAGCUGAUGUCAGCGCUGGCGUCAGCAAGGGAAGCAGCAGGUUGGGCCGACCAGCUGCUUCUGACUGUGCGCCGCGCUGCUGCCACUGCUGCUGCGGGUGCUGCUGUGGGUGGUGCUGAUGCUGAUGCUGGUGCUGGUGCUGGUGCUGGUACUGGUGUUGCCACCCCUGGUGGAGGGAAGGAGAGAGGCAGUGGAGGGAGGUGGAAGCGGAGGAGGAGGGGGCGAGGGGAGGGUGAGGGAGUGGGGGUGCAGGAGGGCGUGGAUGCUCGUGUGACAGUGGGAGAGAUCAUGGUAUGUGGUCCGCCUGCUCUGACCCUCCCCCUCCUCUUUCUCCCUCCCUUUUCUUCCCCAUCUCUGCCUCUCUCCACCCUGCUCAUUCCUUCUCCUCACGUCCCUCUCCUCUCCUUCUCUCCUUUACCCGUCCCUCCUCCCUGCCUCCCCCUACCCCAAUCACACCAGGCCAUGCACGCGGCCCUCACAGCGCUGCCUGUGCGUGCACCACAGGCAGCUCAGCUCGCCGCGCUGCUCUCCUCGCUCACCGCCUGGCGACUCGCUGCCUCCCACGCCCUCCACUCUGCCGUCUGCUUGCUCUCACCGCCCACCACUCACACACUGCCCACCACUCACACACCGCCCACCACUCACACACUGCCCACCACUCACACACCGCCCACCACUCACACACCGCCCACAGUCACCACAGCACCACCCACCCAAGCCACCCCAGCUGCAGUGCCCAUCACCCCCAAAUCAGGCACCAUCCUGGUUGACUCAAGUUCCCCUCUGCUCGCAUCAGCAGCACCAUCGCCUGCAGGCAAGCCCCCUCCGGUACAGGUAGUGCCGUCAUCAUCAUCAUCAUCAGCAUCAUCAGUUGCAGCCAGUGCAGGCGAGGCCCCCUGGGUAGUGCCGGCAGCAGCAGCAAGCGCCAGCGUGGGCGAGCUGGCGUCGCUGCUCACCCAGGGGGCAGCGGUGGGCGUGGCGGUGCCCGAGCUGCCUGCUGUGCGCGCGCUGCUGCAGCGCCUGCACUGGGAGGUCGCCGCCCAUGCCCUGCUGUCUGCCACAGUGCAUGAUGCGGUGCAGAGUGGUGGUGUGGCGCAGGACAGUGCGGUGCAGUGUGGUGGUGAGAGGCGAGGCAAGCCCAGCAUGGAGGAGGUGGAGGCACUGGUGGCGGCUUACCCACUCACUGAUGCGCUCGCCCACCCUCCACCCCACCCAACACGAUCAGCACCACCACUACCAUCAGCAGCUCCAUCCGAGGGCCCUGCUGAGCCUGCUGCAUCCGCUCCCUCUCCCCCCCCCUCGGCGCGCCUCUCCGUGCUGGGCUCCGCUCUGACGGACGCACGGCAGUGGGUGCAGGAGGCGAAUGAGAUGCUGACACGUGGACCUGCCAGCUGUGAGGUGCAGGAGUUGGAGGCGAUGGUGGCACGUGGCACGGUCCUGCAGGUGUGUGUGCGCGACAAGUGCCACCAGCUCAGCACCGUCAUCGCCUCCCACAGGGAGUGGGUCAGCGAGGUGCAGCAACUGCUCGCCCCACGCCACCCUGCGCCCGCCUCGCCACCGCCGCUGCCACCUGCACCUGUCACCACACUUGCGCGCCUCAAGAGCCUCCAGGCGCGGGGCAGCAGCAACGUGGUGGCGAGCAGGGAGGCCCGCCAGGUGCAGCGCGCAGUGGCAGCGCUAGGCGAGUGGCUCGCUGCCUGCUCUGCCGCUCUCCAUGGGGGCACUGGCUGUGGCGAGGGGGUCAGUGGGGGAGGCGAGGCGGCACAGGAGGGGAGCAAAGGAGCACGAGAGGAGGGCAAAGUGGCACAGGAGAGGGGCAAGGGGCGUGUGUGUGAAGAAGAGGUGGUGCGGAAGCUGAAGCACAUGCACAGCAGCGUGCAGGCUGCCCUGCAUCGCAUCUCCUCCCUGGCCCGGCGCACCGCUGCCCUCUCACACCUCACGGCCCUGCCAGCACAGCCGGCUCAAACCCCGUCAGCAUCAGCCACUGCCCCUCCUCCAACUUUGCACACAUGCCAGUCUCCGCAUCUCAACCCCCCUCAGCAGCCAUCAGGUGUGGCGGUGGCAGCAGCAGUGCAAGGGGAGCCAGGGUCACCAGAGGUUCCAGCGCCUGCUGUCGCUGCUCCUGCUCCUGCUGCUGCCGUUGCUGGAAGCGUCUCCUCGUCUGAAGCCGUGUGCUGGUGUGCGCUGCUGCAUGGUGCGCAUCCUGCCUCUGCUGCCGCUGCUGCCUGCCCUGGCGGCAGGGACGGGCAGGCGGGAGGAGGCGGCGGGGAGGUGCGAGUGCGUGGAAAGCGCAGCGGUGGGAGGAGAGCCGCUGCGGCUGUGAGCGGUGCUGUGGGGCGAGAGAGUGGUGGCAGUGGCGUGGGGAUGUCAGGGGAGAAGAGGGAAGAUAAGGGAGAAGUAAGAGGCGAGAGGGAAGGGGAUAUGGGAGCAGUGCGUUUGCAAAAGGGCGAUGAAAAGGAGGAGGAGCACAGGCUAGUGAAUGGAUGUGGGAUGAAGGGCGAACACAUGAAGGAUGCACUCACUUGCGGCGGGUGCAGCAUGAGAUUCCACGCUGACUGUCUCGCAUACUUACAUGCUGCCGCCUCCUCCGCCUCUCAAGACCAGCAGCACCAGGAGAAGCCUCAGGAGGGGAAGCGAGAGGAGGAAGGGCAGCAGCAGCCAAUGGCGGAGCACAGUGUUGGGGCGGGUGAGGUGGCAGCUCCACCAGGUGCAGACAGAGCCAGCCACCCACAGCCGCAGCAGGGCCAACGGCUGGAGCAGAGUCCCGAGCAACAGCAGCUGUUCCCUCAGCAGCAGCAGCAACAACAAGAGCAGGAGGGUCCCUUCACAUGCCCGUUCUGCUCCUCCCUCGCCUCAGCAGCCGUCACACCUGCCGUCUCAGCGUUGUUCCAACCUCGUCGCGUGCCCCGCGUGUCGCUGCGGUGCUUGGAGGGCCUGCUCUCGCGCGCUCUCCCUCUCCACCCCAGGAUCGCAGCCGUGCACAGCUUGGAGCAACUCGUCCAAUCAGCAACGCGUUGCUGUCACUUGCUGACAUCAGCGCUCUCCACCACGCUGUCCUUGCCACGUCAUGCCGAACCCCUGCCUCCCUCCAUACUCAGCUGUCUGCUUCAGGUGGCCGCGUGUCUUCCACUCGACAUGCCACUUGCCUCUCCGCCAUCGCUCUCCUCCACUGCCCCUGCUGCCACACCAGCGGCACCAGAUUCAAUAGCAGCGCCAGCAGCAGAGCCUCUUGCCUCGUGGCUGCUGCACGUGAAUGCACUUCUCUCACCGCCCACGUCCCAGCAGCAGCAGCAGCAGCUUCUGGUGCAAGGGGACCACACGAAGCAUGUCACCGGCACUGCAGCUGCUGCCGCGGCAGUGAUUGUGGGAGUGGUGGCUGGAGGGCAAGAGGAGGUGCGGCAGUCGGCAGGGCAGAGCGCCAAGGAUGGUGGAGGAGGGCCAACAGUGCCGACAGUGCCAGUGGCAGCGGCGGUGUCAGAGGCAGGGACAGGCUGCUCUGUUGAGGCAGGGACAGGCUGCUCUGUUGAGGCAGGGACAGGCUGCUCUGUUGAGGCGGGCGGCACGCUGGCGGUGAUGCAGAGGGCAGUGGCCGCCCACUGCUGGAGGGCUGCCACGUGUAGCACUCUCAUUGGCCGCCCACGGCCCCGACCUUCCACCCUGGCACAGCUGGUGCAGAUGGGCUCGCACACAGUGGGCGCUGCUGAUGCCAUCCUCGGGGAAGCCACACGGCGACACGUGGCAGCUUCUGAGUGGCUGUCUCGCUUUGCCAGGGCACACUCAUCACAGCCACAGCUGUCAGAGCGCCAGGCCGCCCAGCGUCUGUCACAUCUGCGCGCGCUCAUCAGCCACGCCUCUGCCCUGCCUGUGGACCUGCGCCCAGAGCUCAAGAGCCUGCGCCGCGCUGUGGCCCGCCUGGCAUCGCGCCUCAAGGCCGAUACCGCUGCAACUACUCCUCCUGCCACUCAAUCGCCUCCUCCCACCGCACCUGCUCUUGCACCACCCACUGCACCACCCACUGCAUCGCUGCUCACCGCACCCUCUCCCGCAUGCACAGCGAGGCCUCUGGCUGUAGCAAAAACUGUAGCGCCGUCAGGCAAAGCAGCUGCGACAGCACGUGGGGGAAUCGGCACCGCAGGUGCUGCCUCGGAACUGAAGGCGUCCGGGCUGAAAGGCUCUCGCAGUGCCAAGCGGAAGCUGGCAGUGGCUGUUGGGGGUGCAGCAGAAGCGAGUGUGAGUGUGGCUCCCAGGGCUGCAUGCAGUGUGGCGACCAGUGGUACUGCCUCCGCUGCCACCGCUGUCGCUGUUGCUACCGCUGCCACAGUUGCCUCAGCUGGCGCUGGUGCCACGGCCGCAGCCACCAAGGGCAAGAGGAGCCCUCGCGCCCUGCACGCAGCGGCCCUGCACGCAGCGGCCCUGCAAGGAGGCAGCUGCAUGGCCGUGCCUGCUUGUGCUACAACCUGCCCCCGUGGCCCGACUGUAACAUACGAGCCUGCCCCCGCCUCCUGCAUCGCCUCACCGCUUCUGCCUGCCUGCUCCUCCCUUCCUCAACCCACCGAUCCAUCCCGCAUGGCCUCUCGCCCUCACUCCCCUUCACUCCCUGCCCCCCCGGCCACCUCCCCUGCUGCUGCUCCUCUGCCUGCACCGCUGGCAUCGCCAGCUGCCUGCCCGCCUGCCCCAGGGGGUGAGGCAGGGGCAGGCGUGAGAGUGAGUGGGAAGAGGAGCAGCUCGACCGCCAAGGUUGCCAGCUCAGCAGCCAAGGUUGCCAGCUCAGCAGCCAACGUUGCUAGCUCAGCAGAAAAGGCUUGCUGCCUAGAAGGGAAGGGCGGUGAGGGUCAGAGGAGGAAAGGCAGGGGAGAUAGCCAAGAUAAGAGAAGUGGAGACAGGGUGCGGGCGAUUGAGAGUGCCAUGCCAGGCACACGCACAGCAGGCCAGGGGAAGAUGAGCCCUCGGCCACAUGAAAGAGCAACAGCAGCGGCAGCAGAGGGUGUGACAGUUGGCAGUGCGUGGCAGCAUGGCAGAGCGAGUGAGAGUGAGAGUUUGGGGCGAGAGGGUGCAGCAGGUGGUGCAGAAGGUGGGAGCAGGGGAGGCGGGGUGGUGGAGGGAGGGGCGGGUGGAGGAAGGCGGUCGGUGCGCAGCACAGCAGGCCGGCACCCUGGCUUUGAUGGCUUCCUGCUGCUGCCCCGCAUCCGAUGA